AUGUUCAAGAAGGACUUCACCGCGGGCGCAAAGUCCAAGGUCAAGUCUUCCGUACAGCGGGGCAUCAGGGCCAAAGUCCUCGAAACAUACCCAGACCUGGAACCACAUAUUGAAGAGAUCCUACCCAAAAAGAGUCAAUUGGACCUGGUGAAAUUACCCGACCGAGUCUCUCUCUACGUACUCGACGACCAACCCUUAUUCUACCAACACAUGGAUGACCCGAUCGUUCCCCACCUCAAAAUCGUCCACCAAUACCCUCAUGCAUUCAAGACGUUGCGCAUCGACCGCGGCGCCAUCCGCUUCGUCCUGUCCGGCGCUGCACUCAUGGCUCCCGGCCUCACCUCCGCCGGCGGGCGGCUGCCGGAUAAAGACGAAGAGGCCAAACCCGGCGACAUUGUGGCCAUAGCAGCCGAGGGGAAAGAGGAGGUCUGCAUGAUCGGGCCCCUGGAAAUGGGCACGGAGGAGAUGAAGGAGAAGAAAAAGGGCGUCGCCAUCAGCGCUGGGCAUUACCUCGGCGAUGGACUUUGGAAGUUGGAGUUGAAUUGA